GGUCGUUUUCAUUUCAAUUCCUUAAACUUCUUGAGUUUCGCUUCGUCAUCACAAUACAUAUAUACACUUACUUAUAUGCGUAUCUGUAUUUAUACCACCUCAUCGUGUAUCUAUAAAUAUAAGCAAAAACCAUACAGACUUUACCAAAUUACAUCUUUCUCUCUCUCUCUCUCUCGCUCUUUCUCUCUCUCUCUCUCUUCUGUUCUUGCUUCUUGUUCUUGAACGGAAUUUGCUUUAUCUAGUGAAAUGGUUAGCGCGACAGUUGCGAGAAACAUUGCCGGCAUUUUUGGAAAUGUCAUCUCCUUGUUCUUGUUCCUAUCUCCCAUACCAACAUUCAUAACGAUAUACAAGAUGAAGAGGGUGGAGGAGUACAAAGCCGACCCAUACUUAGCCACUGUGCUAAAUUGCGCACUAUGGGUCUUUUAUGGCUUACCAAUGGUGCAUCCAGAUAGUCUACUUGUGAUCACAAUUAAUGCCACUGGUCUUGCCAUUGAACUCUUCUAUCUCUCUAUCUUCUUCUACUUUUCUCCCAACCCUCGCAAGGUGAAAGUGGGGCUAUGGCUGAUAGGAGAGAUGGUGUUUGUAGGAAUAGUAGCCACAUGCACAUUGCUAUUGUUCCACACACAUAACCAGAGAUCCUCUUUUGUAGGAAUUAUUUGUGUCGUUUUUGUUAGCAUCAUGUAUAUUGCUCCUCUCACCAUCAUGAGUAAGGUAAUCAAGACCAAAAGUGUGAAGUACAUGCCGUUCUCUCUUUCACUUGGCAACUUUCUCAACGGUGUCAUUUGGGUUAUUUAUGCCCUUAUUAAAUUCGAUCUUUUCAUUUUGAUUGGAAAUGGACUGGGAACCGUAUCAGGAGCAGUACAACUUAUACUCUAUGCUUGUUAUUACAAGACAACACCAAAAGAUGUUGAAGAAGAUGAGGAAGGUCUUUCUAAGAUUAACUCUCAGUUACAACUCAGUGGCAACCAUGGACAAACUAAACGAGUUUCGGCUUGAAUAUAUACUUUAGAUUAAUAAAAGAUGCAGUUAGUUUUUUAAGUCCUUUUUAUUUCAAGCCUUCGGGUGACUUAACUAUACGUUAAGUAACGAUAUCAUAUUUCGUGUAUGGAAUUGAAACUCCUUUUUCGUCUAAGAAAGAUAUUAACUAUUAUAUGCUACACAUAUAAAUAGGUGUAUGUAGA